AUGUUCUUGGGAGGUUGUAUAAGCGUGGGUUUCCAUAUUCUAGGUAAAAACCUAAUCGCGCACAAAUCAUGCGUCAACUACCUCGCCUUCUCAAAACGCGACGGAAGAUGGCUCGCUAGUGCUGGAGAUGAUUUUCGCGUGUUGAUGUGGGAUUUUGGGGAGGUUGAUCUUAAGUUUCCUGUGGGUGGGUUUCAGGGGCCUGUCGGGAAUGUAUUGGCGCUUGAUUUUAGCGCUACGAACCAGUAUUUGUAUAGUGGGGGAGCUGAUAGUGUUAUAUUGAAGUAUGAUGUUUCGACGUUGCGGGGAGUUGGGAGUGGGAGGGGUUCGUCUUUUGUCGAGGAGUACCGGGAUCACGACGAUAGCGUUCGUGCGCUUACGUGCCAUCCUUACGAGGAUGAGGUGUUCCUCAGUGCCAGCGAAGAUGGGAAGCUGGUACUGCACGAUGGCCGUGCUGGCGACAGAACGAGCGCGGCUCAGGGAAUACUUCAACAUACAGCUGAAUUCACAGGGGUACAGCACCAUCCUGUUAUGGAACAUGUUUUUGCGACGUGCGACGUGCAUGGUCAGGUCUGUCUUCGGGAUACUCGUAUGGCGUUUGGGCCUUUGUCGAGACGAUCGAAUAAUGGGAUCGUGAGAGUGUAUAACACAAAGUUAUCAAGAAAGUCAGCGAGUUAUCUUAGCAAUCCAGAGAGCAGUAGCUUGACUUUUGAUCGUGAUGGUGAGUCUAGUUUCAUAGGGUUGCUUCAUGAUCCACACCCUCUCGCUAUAUGCACAGGCCGCAACGCCCCCGAUGGGAUACCCGUUUCUCCAUCCGAGCGAACAUACACUAAUUCAUGUACGAUGAAAUCGGGCGCGUUUGGCGGCCCCGGUAUGGAUGAAGACGAUAUGUACGGUGCUGGAUCUGAUGAUUUCAGGGCUUAUGGGCUUAGGAAGGAGAUCACCGCUCCGUUUGCGGAAGGCAAGUGGGAGAGCAGAUAUGUGCCGUUUGAAAUACAGACGCCGUUGGCGAGAUUGAAUGGCGUCGAACGCCAAGUUAUACUUCAUAGCCCUACGCCUUCGUCGCCUGCGGUUCAGGAUCUUCUACCUACUCCACCGACUGUGAGAACGCUUCAACCACAAGAUCUAGCGGCGGAGAGAACGUUCUUGAGAGCGCUUUUUGGGCCGCAUCCGACAUUGAAUGAGGGGGAUGAAGGAGAGAAUGAGACGAUUUCGCUUUUUGAUCAUAUUUUGAGAGAAGAGGGCGAAGCAGACGUGUUUACAGUGAGACGUUGGGGAGAAGAAGAUUCAGACUCAGACUCAGACUCAGAAGAUGAAACGAUUAUCGAUGUCUUCGAUACCUCUCUAUCUGAUAGCUCCCAAUAA